UCUGGAACUUAGAUCAACUAACUUUUAGGGUCAUGCUCCUUCCUGCCACAGUUAAUUAUCUCUUUGCUUCUCAGUUGCAGAUCUGAUCUCUUCUGAACACCUCACCGUGUCUCCAUCCCUGGUUCUCUGAACCCAGAAGCUGGACUAGUUUGUUCUUGGAAUUUUCGGUGUCCCGUCUUCUUGCUUUCCUUUUGCCUGUCUCCCUUCCCCCUCCUGAGAACUCCUAAAGACUGUAGGAUUGUCAUGGAGUCCAGAGAAAUCUUGAGCAGCUCCCGGCAAAGAGGGAGUGAGUCGGAAUUCCUGCCGGUCUCCUUAGCCAAGCCCCCAGCUGCUCCUGGCUGUACAGGAGAACCUUUGCUGUCCAGUCCAGGACCUGGGAAGAGCAUCCCAGUGGGUGGAGAACGCAUGGAGCCAGAGGAGGAGGAUGAACUGGGCUCAGGAAGGGAUGUGGAUUCCAACUCCAAUGCAGACAGUGAGAAAUGGGUGGCAGGCGAUGGCUUGGAAGAGCAGGAGUUUUCCAUCAAGGAGGCCAACUUCACUGAGGGGAGUCUGAAGCUGAAGAUUCAGACCACAAAGAGGGCAAAGAAACCCCCGAAGAAUCUGGAGAACUAUAUCUGCCCACCUGAGAUCAAGAUCACCAUCAAGCAAUCUGGGGAUCAGAAGGUGUCCCGAGCUGGAAAAAAUAGCAAAGCUACAAAGGAGGAAGAAAGAAGCCACUCCAAAAAGAAGGUAGGAAUCCCUGUCAUGUAGGCUCUUGGUUUCGGUUUUUGCUCUUUUAUCUCCGACAUU